AUACCAACUUGUGUAUGUUUAGCGUAUAAUUGAUUUCCUAACCCUUAAACCUACUCGUGGGUUAGGUAAGUUGCUUUGCACUUCUUGCAGCCUAUUUUAUAAUGGGUUUUAGGACCACGUUUGCCUAUUUAAAAUUUAUUAAACAGGUUGUCAUUUGUCCAAACACAUUGCAACGUUUAUUGAUAAAGCUAUAGUUGUCUAAUAAAAAUUCGCUUUACCUGGCAAUUUAUGGUGGAUUCAAUGGAUCAAAUUACAAAUAACAAUAAUUUAGUCAUAUGAGAAUUUCAGGCCAAAGAAUAAGGAUGCAUUGUCAAAAUUAAGAAUAUAUUUGUAUUUUUUUUUUAAAGCCGUCAUUCUCAUGAACUUUUUCAUUGUAUUCCUAAGUUCAAUGAUUUUGGUAAUGAUGAAACUGCAGUUAUUUAUAAGGGUUUUUCACCAAACUUCUAAAAUGAAUUCAUGUUUGAUAUUUUCAAAUAUACUUAUCUUUUUUACAAGAGAGUCAUAAUGAGUCUUCUUAAAGCGUACCUGUGACAUCCUAUCCAACUUGGGCAGUAUCGCUGAAUCUAAAGCAAGGUACCCAGUUAAUCCUUAACUUUGGGUUGAUGAAUUAUGAUUCUUGAGUA